GACACAUGCACCGGGAACGGGGCGGGGAGAAGCCGAGCGCUCGCUGCCUCUACUCAGCCGCCUGGGAGCUGAGGGCCGGCCUCGCUUUCAUUACGCGAGACUUCAGCUUGGCGCCGUGACCCCCAUCCUGGUGAGUGCAGGAAAGAUGUGGAUCCAGGUGAGGACCAUUGACGGAACAGAGACCCGCACCAUCGAUGACCUCUCCAGGCUCACCAAGAUUGAGGGCUUGAGGUUAAAGAUCCAGGAGAGUUUUAACGUCACCCCAGACCGGCAGCGGCUCUUCUACCGGGGCAAACAGCUGGAAGAUGGGCACACCCUUUUCGACUACAAUGUGGGCUUGAAUGACAUUGUACAACUCUUAAUCCGUUCCCAGUCUGAUGAUGCAGCUCCUUCUACAAAGAAAAAGGACUCGGAUGGGAAAGCCCUUCAGAACUCUGCAAAUAAGAACAAAUCACGAGGCAGUUCCAAUCCCAGUCAGCCAUCGACUUCAGCUCGAGCCUUCCUCAUUGAUCCAGGCAUUGGCAUUUACAAGAUCAAUGAGCUGGUUGAUGUCCGUGAUGUAACUAUUGGAGCAUGGUUUGAAGCACAUGUUGAAAAUGUUACCAGAGCUACAAAGGUAAACAAGAAUGGCAAGGCUCAUGUUAAAGGUGGUCACCCUUGUAAAGGAACCAAUGGAAGUCUGAGUCCAGAGCACUCCAGAGAUAACUCCGGUGUUUCGGAUAUCGCCCCUUCCACUUCCUACUCCGACUACGUGGAUGAUGAAGAUGUAACCUAUUAUAUAAAAUAUGAUGAUUAUCCUGAAAAUGGGCUCGUAGAAAUUGAAACCAGCAAUUUGCGACCUAGGGCGAGAACCAUUUUGAAGUGGAGUGACCUAAACGUAGGUGCUGUGGUCAUGGUGAACUACAAUAUUGAAACUCCAGAGGAACGUGGUUUCUGGUUUGAUGCAGAAAUAACAGACUUAAAAGAAAAUUCAAGAACUAAUAAAGAAGUGUUUGUAAAGAUUUUGUUGGGCGGUCCUGAUGAUGCAAUUAAUGACUGUAAGGUAAUGUUUUCUGAUGAGAUAUACAAGGUAGAGAAGCCUGGGGCGUAUCCUCUGUCAUCUGGAGAUGGAGAGUUUAAAAGGAAAAGUGGUCCUGAAUGUAAACAUUGCAAAGCAGAUCCCAAUGCAGAAUGCCGAUUCUGCUCAUGUUAUUUAUGUGGUGGAAAGCAGGAUGCACAUAUGCAACUUCUAUGUGACGAAUGCAAUAUGGCUUACCAUAUAUACUGCCUCAAUCCCCCACUGCCCAAGAUACCUGAGGAUGAAGACUGGUAUUGUCCUUCCUGCAAAAACGAUUCAACUGAGGUGGUGAAAGCUGGAGAAAAACUGAAGCAAAGUAAAAAGAAGGCAAAGAUGCCAUCAGCAAGCACUGAGAGCCAAAGAGACUGGGGCAAGGGAAUGGCUUGCGUAGGCCGUACUAAAGAGUGCACCAUUGUCCCAUCAAAUCAUUAUGGCCCUAUUCCUGGUGUUCCUGUGGGUGCAUUAUGGAAAUUUAGAGUUCAGGUCAGUGAAGCGGGAGUUCAUCGUCCUCAUGUUGGUGGAAUUCAUGGGCGCAGCAAUGAUGGAUCGUACUCUCUGGUAUUAGCUGGUGGAUUUGAAGAUGAAGUGGACCGAGGGGAUGAGUUCACAUACACAGGAAGUGGUGGCAGAGAUCUUUCUGGCAACAAAAGAAUCGGCGAGCAUUCAUUUGAUCAAACAUUGACUCAUAUGAACAGGGCCCUGGCCCUAAACUGUGAUGCAGCCCUGAAUGAUAAAGAUGGAGCAGAGUCUAAAAAUUGGAGAGCUGGAAAGCCUGUCCGAGUUGUACGGAGCUCGAAAGGUCGUAGGAUCAGCAAAUAUGCCCCUGAAGAUGGCAACAGAUACGAUGGCAUUUACAAGGUGGUGAAAUACUGGCCUGAAAUAGGCAAGUGUGGGUUUCUGGUGUGGCGCUAUCUCUUAAGGAGAGAUGAUGUGGAGCCUGCUCCUUGGACUGCAGAGGGCAUAGAACGUUCAAAGAAGCUUGGACUAACUUUGCAGUUCCCAGAAGGAUAUUUGGAGGCCAUGGCUAACAAGGAGAAAAAAGAUAAGGUUAAGAAGCAGCCUGUGAAAUCUGAGCCAAGCAGUCCAGCUAGCCCCAAUAAUCAGACUCCCCGAAGUGGUGCUGAGAACCAGAACAAGGAGGAAAACGCAGAGCAACACAGCCAUUCUACCCGUAGCAGCUCAAGACACAGCAGCACCCAAAGCAAUGGAAACGAGAAGAGACCUUCCGAGGAUGAUGACGUAGAAGAGGUUGUACCAUCCAAAUUGAUUAAGCGUUCAGAAGAAGAAGAACGAGGUGAAGCAUUUGAGCUCACAGAACAACAGCAUUGGCUCAUUAAGGAGGACUCUCUUAACCAGAAGCUUUGGGAUGAGGUUCUUUCCUCUAUCAAGGAAGGUCCGAAAUUUCUGAAUAAAGUUGAACAAACAUUCAUGUGUGUCUGCUGUCAAGAGUUAGUGUAUCAACCUGUAACAACAGCAUGCCUCCAUAAUGUGUGCAAAAGCUGCUUGCAACGAUCCUUCCGAGCUGAGGUCUACACUUGUCCAGCAUGCCGCUAUGACCUUGGAAAGACUUACAAUAUGGUUCCAAAUAAGGUCCUGCAGACAUUGCUUGACCAGUUUUUUCCUGGUUACAGCAAAGGGCGAUGAUUUGUUAUGCUCCCAGAGCAUCUCUUUUUGACAUUUUAUAAAUAAAGACAUUCUUCUCAAAUCACGAAAAGGAACGUGGACCAACAGGCACCAUGGAUCUCAAGCACCACCUUUCUCCGUGUCACCAUGUCUUCAGUUCUUGGCUGUCUCAGUAUCCGAGGUAGUUUGCCUGCUAAGGCCUGAUUUGAAAGAACUUGUGCAGCAUCUUUGCUACUACACUCGAUACUUGCUUGUUUUCAUCCAACUACCUCAAGACAGAGAAGAAAACAUGGAGACGAAGAGAUUAAAAGAUUGGUUAUCUGAUGUUUAGCAACACACUGCCUCUGGAAGUUGUGCCUGGUCCACGAGUCUUCUUUGCUCCGGUGCCGAGGGGAGUCCACAGUGCGUUGCAGGGCAAAGGCUUGUCGACACCUUUCAGGACUGAAGGGCUCAGUGUACACUGACAGCACUUAGUUGUAAACAUAUGUUAGACUAAAGAGCAACAGAUUCAUUGUAAUGUUUUCCUUUCUUCCCAGCUUCUAUUUUUUCCUUCCCUUCCGUUUUUUUUCUUCUGCAGAGCUGCUUAUUGUACUUUUUUACCGUGAGCUUUUUUCUGCUUCAUAAUUUUUACCUUAUACAGUUUGACUACUAAUUACUAAUGAGAACAAUAUAUAUGCAUUGUUGCUACAUUAGUGUAACGUGAUCUGUGUUCUAACCUUUUUUUGUUGCUCUUAGAGCUAAUCACAACAUCCUAGUCUUGUGAUUUUUCUUUUCUAUACAUUGUCACUUUGGUAUUAGUUUACAAGCUGUAUGCUGUAGUAGAGCCUUGUAUCAGUGGUAAUGCAAUCUGCAGAGCAUUGCAAAUGGGUGAUGGUAUUAGCUGGAGAGGGUCUGAAAUAGCUUCCUAUUGUGAUUUCAAAUUUUAUACACAGUAUAUUCCCUAAAAUGUACCUUAUUAAAUAUUUUAUGAUUCUGA